AUGACUUGUUACUUUGUCUUGCUGGGUGUCUUGGGGUUGCGGGAAAGCGGGAAAGCGGCAGGAGCUCGCAGUUGCUUUACGUGCCUACCUGAGAUUCUACUUGAUACCCGAAAGCGAUGUUGA